AUGAAGGAGCUGAAGGAUGGAUCCUUUGGUUUCUUAGAGAAGCAGAAACAGGUGGAGGACAGACCAGGUUUGGGUACAUACGAAGCUGUGAUUAUCAUCCUGAAAUCCGCUUUGGGUGCAGGGGUACUCAACUUUCCCUGGGCUUUCGCCCGCGCCGGAGGAAUCGAAGGCGCUGUUACUCUGGAGCUGAUUUCUCUAAUAUUUCUUGUUUGUGGACUGAUAAUCAUGGGCUAUGCCUCCUCAAUUAGUGGCCAGAACACCUACCAAACUGUGGUGCAAAAGUUAUGUGGGGCCACCAUAGGCAAACUGUGUGAGAUCUGCUUUGUCUUUAAUAUCUUCAUGGUCUGUGUGGCUGUACUGGUUGUAGUGGCUGAGCUGCUGCAAAAAUUGAGUGUCUCCAUAUAUCAGUUAAUCACAGGCCUACAUAAAUCUGAGAUACCCUAUUACUGGUACAUGGACCAGAGAUUUACCCUUUUUCUCCUUUGUCUUUUCGUCAUACUUCCACUUUCAAUUUCCAAAGACAUUGGGACACAGAAAUACAUGAGUUUGUUAGGCAGCCUAGCCUCUGCUUAUCUGGCUGUAGCCAUUGUUGUAAGAUAUUACACAAUUCCAAAGGAUCACCUGCCACAAUUUUGCAGCAGUGGAAUGGAGUCUUGGCACUCCAUCUUUAACAUCUUGCCCACAAUUUGCUUUGGCUUUCAGUGUCAUGAGGGCAGUGUUGCCAUCUACAGCAGUUUGGAGAAUAAGAAGCUCCUCAACUGGUCCAUAAUCUCAUUGGUGUCAAUGGUCAUUUGCUUUGUUCUUUACACUAUUAUUGGUAUCUAUGGGUAUCUCACUUUUGGAAACCAUGUUGCUGCUGAUAUUCUAAUGUCGUACAGUGAAAGGGACAUCCUCCUGAUUAUCGCCAGGGUGCUUGUUGGGGUCUCUGUUAUUACUGUUUACCCCAUCAUGCUCCUGCUUGGAAGGUCAGCGAUUCUGGAUCCACUGCUGCAAUACAGAGAGAGACUACAUUUUUCAGAGACUAAGUACUUUGAGAUCUGCAGCAGAGUUGUCCUGACUGUAACAUGGAUCCUUUUAACUCUCCUUAUUGCAGUGUUUGCUCCAGACAUCAGCAAAGUUAUCAACCUCAUUGCUGGCACUUGUUCCUUUUUCAUCUUUGUUUUCCCAGGGCUUUGUUUAAUCUAUGCUAUGCAAUCUUACCCUGUGUCAACAACGCUAAGGUGGUUAUUGACUGCAUGGGGACUGAUCACUAUUUUAUGUGGAGCAUUUAUAUUUGGGCAGAGCACUUCCAUUGCUGUCACUGAAGUCUUUUACAACCAGUAAUCAAACUGUUCCUACUGGACUUAUUUUAUUAUUAUAAUGAUACAUGUAUGAAGCUGCCAGACACUUGUUUGGACAGGGUAGUGGCGGAUUUCUUCUGAGAUCUUUAACAUUUUGGAAGAGUCACGCUUGUCGGCACUUUAAGCAGACAACUUUCUGUCUCUGUUAUGCAAAAUGUUUUGAUUAACUUAACAAACACUGGUGGAAAAAUCAAUGAAUGUAUUAUUUAUUUGGAUAUU